CAAAUAAUUCAGUUAUUGCCGUAACUUGGAGCUGUUAAGACGUAUUGAAUUCUUAAAGUUAAAAAGAAUCAAAGAAAUUAUAGAAAAUAUAUAAAGAAAUCUCCUAAAUACGAAGUGUUUUUUCAGUAUAUAAUACACAAAAAAGAAGUAAAAAAUCACAUAAAAGAAACUGUGCAGAUUUUCAAAAAAAUAUAUAUAAUUUUUUUUGUAUAUAUAGGAAAAAACAUUUUUUUAUUGGUGCGGUUACGUUUUAAUAAAAAAACAACCAGUGGAAUUAAGUUCAAAAAUAUAAGUGAACACACAUUUUAAAUCCAAAUUGAAGUGUGUGAGAAAGUUCUAGAAGAAGCAAAAGUUUUUUUUGAAAUUAAUUACUAGUGAAAUUAUUAUUUUUUUAAAUAGUAAACAUGACUACCAAAAUGGCUAUUAAUGCUAAGGAUAUUUUCCGCAACCAACACCGUUUGAUACGUUUUAUCGAACAAUCAAUUCGAUUAUGCAGCAAUCAAUCUUUAAAGACUGCCCAAGAGCAGCAACAGUUACAGAAACAAAAAUUGGAUACUGAUUUUCAAAUUACCAAAUCUAUGACAUCACAAUUAUCAAAUGCUGUACCUGAACCCAUUACACAUGAUGAUGAUGUUGGUCAACAAUUUAGUGCCAGCCAAUUGUCGGUACGUUUGGCUACUCCCCAACAAUUACAACCUAAACCCGAUUGUGAUGAAGAAUUGAUCUUUGGUAAACUCUUCACAGAUCAUAUGUUAAAGAUUUACUAUCACAAGAAUUUGGGUGGUUGGCAAAAGCCUCAAAUUACACCCUUGGAAAAUCUUGUUAUGCAUCCCGCCGCCAAAGUAUUGCACUAUGCCGUUGAGCUUUUUGAGGGCAUGAAAGCCUAUCGUGGUGUUGAUGGUAAAAUUCGUAUUUUCCGUCCCAACAUGAACAUGAAUCGUAUGAAUGUCGCUGCCAAACGUUCCGGUCUACCCACAUUCGAGGGUGACGAAUUCAUUAAGUGCUUGUCCCGUCUGAUUUCCAUUGAUUCCGAAUGGGUACCACACACAGAAGCUGCCAGUUUAUACAUUAGACCCACACUGAUUGGUAUUGAUCCCACCUUGGGUGUUGCCUCCUCAGAUUCCGCCUUAUUGUAUUGCAUUCUCUCCCCCGUCGGUUGUUACUUCAAGAGUGAUGAAACCGGCGCUGUUUCCCUGCUAGCCGAUCCCAGAUACACAAGGGCCUGGCCAGGUGGCGUAGGCAAUCGUAAAAUGGGUUCAAACUAUGCUCCCACGAUUAAUGUACAAAAGGAAGCCUCCGCCAAGGGUUUACAACAAGUUUUAUGGUUAUAUGGUGAAGAUCAUCAAUUGACCGAAGUUGGUACCAUGAACAUUUUCAUGUUCUACAUAAAUGAUCAAGGAGAAAAAGAACUGAUUACACCACCUUUGAAUGGUUUAAUUUUGCCUGGUAUUACCAGAGAUUCCAUUUUAACCUUAACCCGCCAAUGGGGUAAAUUCAAAGUAACCGAAGGCACCUUUACCAUGCCAAGAGUUUGUGAGCUUUUGCAACAAGGAAGAUUGCUUGAAUUAUUCGGCACUGGUACCGCCUGUGUGGUCAGUCCCAUUAAUCGCAUUAGCUAUUUGGAUCAAAAUCUCUACAUACCCACCAUGGAACAAGAGAAACCCGUUCACGAAAUGAUUCGUAAGACUUUAACUGAUAUUCAAUACGGCAAGGUUGAUCACCCCUGGUCUGUGGUUAUCGAUUAAGGUGUUUUCAUAGCAAAAUUUUUAAGGAUAUAUAGCUUUUCUUGAAGAUUUUCCUUUUUAAUUUAAACUUGUGUGUAUUAGUAGUUUUAAAAUAGCUCGAUUUAUAUAAUAAGUUUAUAUUUUAAGUUCUUCACAAAAAAGUGGUUUUCGUAAGGGUAUCUCUCGCUCUUUUUACAAAACAACGCUUCAGCUAGAGAGCGCUAGUUUUGAAACAAGCUUGUAGGACCAUUUGAAAACAAAACUUUUUCCCCUUUUACAGCAGCUGACAGUUGUUUUUUGUGUUAAUCUUUAGUUUAGUUUAACUUUAAUUGUAAAUUAUUUUAUAGGGUAAAGGAAAUUAAGGCUUUGAGUGACUACUAGCUCGAAUUUGCAUAGUAAAAAAUUGCAUUUAUCUAAAAAAAUUACAAAAAAAAAUAUACAAACUUAAUAUUUAAUUUCUAAGACAAAAAAAUCCUAAAACAACUGUCUGUCCUGUUUAAAAAAAAAACAAGUCUCCUUUAUAUUUAACUUACAGAAAAUCCCUUAAAUAUUUAUUUAUUUUAUUAAGUGUAAAUAUAACCUAAAAUUUUUCUCAUUUA